GAAUAUGUUUGACGCCUGCGUCUCGAAUGAUCGGCCGGGGGGAAGCUCUUUGAUGGUUCUACCGUUGAACCUGAUCGCUCGCAUCAUUGCUCACGUACGUGUCCGCCUUGCAGCCUGCUCACUCACACGUCCUCGGAGCUUAUUUGGCGACUAAUCCGCUGGUACAGUUAGAUGAUCCCGGCGACCUCGCCCGUAUCUGUCGAACAUGUCGCGUUUUAAACUACAUGUCCCUGCCCCAACUCUACCGGAACCUGACCUUGACCUCCUACGACAAAAUUCGAUACCGCGGAGAUGAGCCCGAAGGCAUGGGCAGCGCAAGCCCCUUCUCGAUGGGUCUUAACGCUGUCAUCACGCGUCCCUAUGCAGGUCUCGUGCGAUCGCUCACGCUGCGGGGUAAUUGGCGAGAACAGGAGCUCGAGGAGCAUGCGCGCGUGGGACGUGUCCCGGACUCGUCGAUGAUGCUCAAUAUCGCGGUUCGGGCGGCGGUCGACAGGAUGCCGGACUUGGAGAGUUUCAGCUGGGAGCUCAGUACCAAGAUGCUGGAGACUGUAUACAUCGGGCUCACACAGUUACCCAAGCUGACGUCGCUGACCGUGCGCUUUCCAUCGAGUCGUCACCCGCGACCCAUGAUCACCAUCCCCGCCCUACCUCAUCUGCGCUAUCUCAAAAUCACCGAUAUCGAUCCCCUCUGCUACCCCGAUGAUGUGUCGACGCUGCUCUGGAAGUGUCGCAAACUGCGGGUCCUGAAGUUGCAUUGGUCGCCCCGGAUGAGGACGGCGCAAGAGCCCAGCGUCAUGCUUCACGAUUACUUCCGCAAAUGUAUCGCGACGAGACAACCCCUUUCGGUCAAGACCAUGGGGCUUCAGAACCUCUAUGCUCUGCACACGGAAGACUUCCAGCUUGCUUUUAACCCGAAGACGGUCGACGAUAUUGUUAUCCUCAACAACAUCGGAACCGACGACAUCAAUUAUAUGAAUACAUUUGUCGACAGCACGUGGCCGAACAAUCCACCCAAGGAACACAUGAAAAUCAAGUCCAUGCGGCAAGACUCGACAUCGCGGAAACACAUCGAUUUCCUGGCUUCUUUUACUGGGCUGGAGAAGCUAUAUUUUGUCAACGCAACGACCAACACAUUAGACGACAUCAACUCACCCCGACAAUUGGUGCCAUCCUGCUCUGCCCUCACCCCUCCGUCCGUGGACCAAGGCAAUUCUCACACGAACGGUACCGCUGCGGUCCCGACCCCCGACUCCACACAGUCUACCUCCAAUAUGCAACCCAGUUUGCGCGAUAGCUACCUCAACAUCAUCGUAACUAACCACUGCGCCUCGUUACGUCAUCUCUUAUUGCCUGCCCGAUGGCCACUCUCAAGCUCCGCCAUCGCGCGUCUCGUCCAUGCCUCGCCACACCUAGAGCAACUGGGACUGGCCACCGAUUUUUCAAGCAUGGAAACAUUGGGGCUCAUCCUUCCGUUCUUGCGAAACUUGACUGCCCUUCGCCUGCUCGUCCCGACCAACACCGGAUCUCAAUCCACAGGCCAAGCUGCUCCGGCUAACAUGCCCCGACCCUUGUCCGGUGUCAACGUGUUCACUUCCGCGCGGAACUUUUCCGACAUUGUCGAGGCUGAUGACCAGGUACUCUGUGAAAAGCUGAGCGAAUCGCUCGCCGACCAGCAGGUCUUCAGCCGGCUGAAGAUAUUCGGCAUGGGCCGCAAGGUCUUCCACCUUGGUGAAUACUACACGAUACCGUCCAGUGAGGCCCAUCCCGAAACUCACGUUUCCCAAUGGCAAUCCCCGGCCACCGAGUCCAACUGUGACCCAGAGAAGACUCCGUCCAGCGUCCAGGACGACGGCGCCAGUCCCAACGGCAUCCUCACAUCUACCGUGGCACCCUCUGUCAGCACCAAUCGAUCACAGCCGCUACCCGGUCAGCAACCCAAACAACCUCCCCCUCCCGUCCUCGGCAAACGCAACCGAGACGACACCCUGAUCGCCACGAAGCCGGUGGAAACCGAACUCCCAUCUACUGAAAUCUCCAACCCCUGUAUUCCCCAGCACUUGAACCCGGAAGCCCGUCUCUGGCGCCGACGCGUCCGCCGAGUCGGAUGGGAAGUCAUCAAGCAUUGGGAAAUCUGGGAGCUGGACAAACAGGAGUUAUGAUAUAAUGACAUCUGAUUCGAUCUCGACUUAUUGUAUAAUCUUAGCGGGUACAUAGGCUUUCUUCUCUUGGUUGAUACACUCUGGUCUUCUUCACGGCAUAUAUUUUUCCACAUUGGUGCGGAUGAGUUGAUAUGGGUUGGAUGGGGUUUUGGUUCGAUUCCCCCUUGUUUAUUUGUCACUUUCAGAGCAAAUAAAGUGGAUGAGGUGUCGGCGUGACUGGCUUUAUUGGGAUUGCUUGAUCUUAUAGCUUUGGAUUGCGGGUGCAUUGGGUUAGUUCUUUGGGCUUUUUUCCUUCAAACUGACCUGACUUUGCUGGACAUUGUUUGUACAGUAGAUUCUAUAAUCUCCUAUCAUAUUAUACCAUUUCAU